AUGUCUAAAAAAAGAAUAUAUUUCGAAAUAACACCUGUCAAUGAGAUCACUGCACAACCAUCAACAACUGUAACAAUCAAUACAACUGUGGACAUUGUUAAUGAAAUACCUUCACAUCCUCCACCACCGCUAGCACCUCCACUCCCACCGAGUUCCUUACGUACAAAACGUUUAUCAGCGAAUUUUGGUACAUUUUUGAAAAAGAAAACGUUUUAUAAUCGUCGACGUUGCUCCGCAGCUAAUGACACCAAUGUUUUGGAUUCAAAAUUAUCCAUGCCCUUAAGUGAAUCUUCGCUAUUAAAAAAAUCAUUACAACGUUCAAAUUCGUUAUCAAUCCUAGAUAGUAAAGAAACUAAUGAUAUAAUUGAUGGAAAAAAAUCUACAGCCGACGAUGAUUUCGGCGUCAACUAUCCAUCAACAAGCGGUCUAGAAUAUGAUCCAUAUUCUACCACUCAUUCAUCACAAACUCAAGGUGGUAAUUCUAAAACUACAAACAAAUUUUUGAACGAACUACGUCGAAAAGGACGUGAAUUACGUGAAAAAACACUAAUACUAUGUAAUAAUUCAUUUCGUAUCAUGCCACAACCAGGUUUGACAACACCGCCUAGUGCUCGUGCCAGCACAAGUCCAUUGAAUACAAGCGGUGGGUCUGCACCUCAGAUAUUGACUAAUGGCUCACCUCCACCGCUUCAACAACAAAAUUCAAUGCCUAUGGGCAUGGGUGGUGGCAUGAGCUUCGGACCACCUCAUGCGCAAAUGCGUAAUUUUGGCCCGCCACCAGAUAAUUUUUUCCAGGGUCCAAUGGCCAUGCAUGGACCACCACCAGGUAUGAAUAUGUCAAUGCACGGACCGAUGUCACCCCAUCUUGGUAUGAACGCUAAUCUACUUGGUGGACCACCAAGAAUGAUGCAAAUGCAUGGUCCUGGUGGAAAUAUGCACAUGAUGACUCGAAUGGGAAUGAUGCCAAAAAUUUAUCCACCCAAUCAACAUCACAUCACUAAUCCAUCAAAUCCAAAUUCUGCACCGAUAGCAAUAUGUGGAAAGUGUCAUGAAGAAACGCAUGAUACGGAUGGUUGUAUCCUUUGUGAGAGUGGUUGCAAUUUUUUUUAUCAUCGUGCAUGUGUUGGACUUACCGAACAAGCAUUACAUUUUUUAAAUAAUGAAAAAUAUGCUGAAUGGUGUUGUGAUAACUGUCAGCUGAACAAACAAGUGCCACCAGUCAAAUUGAAAUCGUGA